GCAUUUUUAUAGGUCAUUUGUCGGAGAUGUUACCACUGUCAUCCUGCUCCUGCGCCUCGACUAGCAGAUUCUACCAUUUAAAAAUCCCACAAAAUCCCCAACCCCUCCUAUCUCCUAGUGCAUUCCACCGCUCACCAUGGCCGCCGCCGCCAUCGAAGCAGCUGGUCGCCGGAAGGGUAGCUGCUUCUUGGAAGUCGGCCGCCGCGAGAUCGGCUCUUCAUUCCCCCGCGUCUCUUCCCGCCGAAUCAGCGGCUCCGAGCAUAUAGUGUCGUCUAUGUCUCAGUAUGGAAAAUUGCAUGGUCAUGAAGGCUGUGUUAAUACCGUAAGCUUCAACCCUGCUGGAGACCUCCUUGUGUCUGGUUCAGACGACACAAACAUCAUACUAUGGGACUGGCUUUCUAAAACUAAAAAGCUUGUUUACCCUUCUGGUCACCAAGAUAAUGUCUUCCAUGCUCGUGUGAUGCCGUUUACUGAUGACAGCACCAUCGUAACUGUUGCUGCUGAUGGCCAGGUACGAGUAGGACGACUAAAGGAGGGCGGUGAAGUCACAACUAAACUAGUUGGGGAGCACGAUUCACGGGUGCAUAAGAUGGCUAUUGAACCAGGAAACCCUUACAUAUUUUACAGUUGUGGAGAGGAUGGCUUGGUACAACAUUUUGACUUAAGAAGCGAUUCAGCAACAAAGCUUUUCACCUGCUGUUCUUUCUUGAAUGACAGACGCCGUGUAAAACUGAAUAGCAUUGUCAUUGACCCACAGAAUCCUUACUAUUUUUCAAUUGGUGGUUCCGACGAGUAUGCACGUUUGUAUGACAUGAGGAAAUUCCAGUUGGAUGGUUCAAGAAACACAAACCAGCCUGUAGAUACCUUCUGCCCUAAGCACCUUAUUAAGGGUGCGAGUGCGAGGGUCCACAUCACCAGUAUUGCAUAUUCCUAUGCAAGGGAGAUACUUGUAUCCUACAAUGAUGAGCUUAUCUAUUUGUUCCAACACAAUAUAGGUCUUGGUCCAAAUCCUGUGUCGGCAGAGCCAGAGUUUUUCAACAUGCUUGAUCAGCCACAAGCAUACAGAGGGCACAGGAAUUUUCGAACUGUUAAGGGAGUCAGUUUCUUUGGACAACAUGAUGAAUAUGUUGUGAGUGGAUCAGAUUGCGGGAAUGUAUUCAUAUGGAGGAAGAAGGGAGGUGAAUUGAUCAGGAUGAUGAAUGGUGACAAAAGUGUAGUUAACUGCAUUGAACCCCACCCGCAUUUCCCAUUUAUGGCUACUAGUGGGAUUGAUAACACUGUUAAGCUUUGGACUCCUGCAGCUAAAAAAUUGAUUAUGCCGCUGCCUAAAAAUGCAAAGCAAAUAAUAGCCGCUAAUGAACUUGAGAGGACAGUUCAUAUUUCUCAAGCAACAGCGACACUUUCAUCUGAUGUCAUGAUGCAUGUGUUGAGGUUGUUACGUAGGAGAGAUUCUGAAAUGAAUAUCGAGAAUGAGCCGGCUAGUGCAGAUUUGGCCAGUGAUGACGAUGAGGCUUUCGACUUUGGAUUUGACGAUGCGGAAAGGAACGAAAGGGAAAACUCUGAUCCCAGAGAAUGCAACAUGACAUAGCUAAAACAACUGGGGAUUUUUUUUUUGCAGCCUGGGCCUGGCCCUGCCUCUAUGUUGGAGUAAACUGAAUAGGUCUUAGAUUUCAGUUCUACAUAGUAAGGUGUGCUGAAUGGGCCUGACCGCCUGAUACACAUGGGAGGACUAUACAGGUCGUGAUUAUUAAUGGAGAAACUAAACGGGUAGAGCCACAUCCUACCACUCGGUUAUUCUGCUCUAGUUUUAACGCAUGUUCAAUCUUCUCGAUUGCCGUAUACCUAGCCUAGUAAAAUAAGUUGUGCACCCCAGCCUGUGUGAUUAUGAACUGUAAACCUGAAUUUUUAGUUAUCAUCAGGCAAUAUGUACAUAGGUUUUCCGUAGUGUGGAAAUGUUGAGAAGUUUGUUGUUUCAUCUGUCUGGCAAUGUGUUCUCAUACGUAA